AACUAACCUUGGCGACGCAUCUCGAGUCCACUUCCUGCUCCCUGUCUUUCAGUAUGGAAUGGAAUGCAGUACUAUAUGUUACCGGAGCAUUGGGUUCUCAAAAAAAAAAGAAGCCGAGAGAACAAGGGAUCGCGGAUCAGGAGACGUCGACCGGCAGGACUCGCGCGCCGCUGGCCGGCCCCGCCGCCCGUGGAAAGGCCCAGCUCGCCCACCCAAAGACGGGACGUCGGGAGCCGGGAGUCGGGUCUCGGGACCCACACCCAACCUAUAGCCACGCGCUGCCAUUUCGGAUGGGGAGGAUAGGUAAGGUUCAGCUUCGUCCGACCCCGACGUCAAAGCUGCGAGAGAGCGGCGCGGCGUCUGUCUCCGGCGACCGACCGGCCGGCCCGCGCUGUCCGUCCGGUGGUGCCUUCCGCGAUCCGACACUUGCAGUUGUAGUAGUUGUAGCAUGGCCAGUGUGCCUGCCGUCCGGUGCAACACCAAAUCGUGUGGCUCUUUCGGCGUGGAACCCCGUGUCCGUCCCAAUGCCCAGCCGGCCGGAAUAAGGAAAUAAUGAUUUUUCUCGGACUACCACCAGUUCGGACGAUCGAGUGCGCCAACUGUAUGUAACUUUGGCGAAAGCUACUUAUUAGUGGUAUAUGUAUACUCUAUAGUAAUCUUGUCAUGGUGUAGCCAUAGGAACGAACCGACGUGUCCGACUUCGUUUCUUGCUUUGCUUUAGGUGGCGACUCAGAUUUUUAAUCCAGGUGUCACGAUCCUCGCCAAUCCACAAGUCAGAUACACCGAUGGCUGUAAGCGAAGGGGGUUUGCUAGCUCUUUGCUGAGUGCAGAGAUACCGAAAAAGAGAGGACCGGAUCAAAUCAAUCAUUGAACAAUGAACAUAUAAUCUGCCUCUG